UAAGUUAUGAUGUCAAUCAUCGUAAACCAUGAGUUAUGACGUCACGCGUAUGACGAAAUCGUCUAGCCCUCGGGUCAGACAGAUUUAUCUAGCCCUAGGGUCAGAAAUAUUUUUCUAGCACAGUGCAAAAGCUGGAUAACCCUGUCCAGUAGGCAAGAAAAUGAUGUCCAACACAGCUUAAUUAUUUUGUUUCAGGAAGAAUGGUAGAUAAAUCAGAAAUCAAGUCUGUGCAGACAAAGGUGACCCUAAAAAGCGGAAUGUCGUUCAACGUGGGAGAUACUGGAGAAAUGUGGCUUCCGUCGGCUCCAUUAAAGAAUUCUUACGCGGAACAAAUCCCUUUGAUAAGAAACAUGGAGAUUGCGGACACCGACAUAUUAUUAGCCGGUUAUCCCAAGGGAGGAUCCAACUGGAUGUUUCACAUCUUCAACAUGCUUCUAAACGGGUCGAGCGACUACUGCAACACGAGCAAACCUCUACACUUCCUGGAAACAAUCGACAUCCCAGGACUGGAGGUCCAAAAAAGUGGAAGAGUCCUAAACACGCACCUGCUGUUCCACCAGCUCCCCAAGCAGAUCAUAGAGAAGAAGAGACCCAUCAUCUACGUGCUGAGGAAUCCUAAAUCGGCCGUGGUGUCGCUGUAUCAUCACUUCAGAGAUUUCAAGCCAAUCGAAUUUGAAGGAUCCUGGCCCCAGACGUUAGAAUCUUUCAUCGAGGACAAGCUGUGGUAUGGCAAUUGGUUCGACUAUGUUUUGGACUGGGAGAAAGCGAUAGCAGAUAACCCCGAGUGUCCCAUAACUGUGCUGCAUUACGAAGAUCUGUUAAAGGAUCCAGCCGGAGAGAUCUACAAACUAUCAAAAACUAUCGGCGUCGAGAGGAGUGAACAGCUGUGUUCUCAGAUCGCCGAUUCUUGCGGACUGGACAGACUCAGAGUCCAUGGUGCAAAAGUCGAUGCUUUGAAAUCUCUCUGGAAGGAAGGAUCGGCAGGGUUUUAUAGAAAAGGCAAUGUAAAAGAUUGGCAGAACUGGUUUACUGUUGCGCAGAACCAGUGGUUUGAUGACGUGUACAGACAGAGAAUGGAAGGGUCCAAGCUUAAAUUCAGAUAUACAUGAACUCACGCGGUCUCGGAGGAACAUAAUCAAAUUCAUAUUAUGUUUGUUUGAUAUCCAAUAGGUUUUGUGUUUGGGUUCGUUCCUUCGUUCCUUCCUUCCUUCGUUUCUUCCUUCCUUCAUCCAUUUAUCAAUUCUAUUCUUUCAUUCAUUCAUUCAUUCAUUCAUUCUAUUUUCCGGUAUAGUAGCUCAACAACACGAAAAUAACCACAAUGUGAAAGUUCUCCGAUAUAAAAUCCUCGUAGUGGUUAAGCCAUCAGAUUUAAGGCUGGUAGAUACUGGGUUCGCAUCCCGGUAUUGGUUUCCGCCCAUCCAGAGCGUGUAUAACGAAUCAUUAGGGGCGGGACUUAGCUCAGUUGGUUGAGUGUUCAACUGAGGUGCUUGCCUCGGUGGAUCCAUUCAACUGAUUGAGUUUUUUCUCGUUCCAACCCGUGCACCACAAGUGGAUAAAGGCCGUGGUAUGUAUUUUCUUGUCUGUGGGAAAGUGCAUAUAAAAGAUCCCUUGCUACUAAUGGAAAACUGUAGCAGGUUUCCGUUCUAAGACACUGUUAGAUUUUAACAUGAUUGGUUAAUCAAUGUGCUCUAUUUUAUUUACGGUUAUAUGGCGUCGGACAUAUGGUUAAGGACGACACAGGUAUUGAGGGAGGAAACCUGCUGUCGCCAC